AGUCGCUACUGCAUCCCUGGAAACUAUCGAUUUGCCGAUAACAGGCGUUAAACGACGCGCGAUUCCCAAUCAAACUGAGUAAACAUUUAAUUUAAUCAACGUAGUUUCAAUAACGCCAAGAUGUCACACCUGAUGCCCCGGCGGACCAGCGAGUUCCGUGGCGAUGUACUGGAGGAGCGAGGCACUGCCGAUAAGCGGCAAACCAGGGCAACAAAGCGCAGUGCAGCCACGCACACGCCCUCCUCCAGCCAGGCGGCACCCAGAAGACCAUCCGCAUCGCGUCUGCCGCAGCCGCUGAACUUGGAGCGCGAUCGGGCCAGUCAAAUGGGCUUGACGCCCAAGCGAGGCCACCGGUUUGUGCCCUCCACUGCGGAGCGCGCAAUUGCGCCACACUCCGACAAGAAAUGGGUGGCGGAGCGGGCGCAGCAGAUCCUGGAAUACUUACAUGGCAUCCAGCACAGCGAGGCUCCCACAGGGCUAAUUGCGGAUCUCUUCAGUCGGCCCGGUGGGUUGCGGCACAUGACCAUCAAGCAAUUUGUUUCCAUUCUCAACUUCCUGUUUCAUCACAUCUGGCGGAAUCGGGUGACAGUGGGCCAGAACCAUGUCGAGGAUAUUACCAGCGCAAUGCAAAAGCUGCAGUAUCCUUACCAGGUGAACAAAUCAUGGCUUGUAUCGCCAACAACACAGCAUUCAUUCGGCCAUGUGAUCGUCCUGCUGGACUUUCUCAUGGACUUUGUACCGCCUCUGCCCUCGUCGGAUGUGGUGGAGGAGGAGUUUCCGUUUAUGGAAACCAUGGAGCAGCCCAGUUCGUAUUUGAAUAGCAUGCAUUGCGAGUCGACAACCAUCAUGUCCACCACCCAGGCGCACGCCAUUCAGCUAGAUGAAGAGCUCAAUGGUCUGCUCUUCGAAGAGGCUAGCAAAUGCAUUGCCUUGUGGGAUCAGGAGCUCACCAAGGAGGAGGCCAAGCUGCAGGCGGAGACCAGGGAUCAGGUGAUCAGCAAGAAGUGUGAUUUGCCCGAUCGCAAAGCCUUAGACCAGCUAAUCGGCGAUCUCAAAACGAAACUGCAGCAACUGGAGAAUAAGUUGCAUGAUCCCAGCGACGACAAUAAACUGAACAAACUGGAACGUCUUACCAAAGAGCACGACCAGCUUGCCCAACAGCUAGCUGCCAGUCAAGAGGAGCUGACCAAGAAACUGAAGCUAUUCGAACAGCUGUCUGCCCGGGCAGAAGAAAAGCAGUCUAAUCUCCGCCAGCAAAUGAAGUACGAAAAGCGUUUGGAGCAGGCGGUUAACAGCCAGAAGUUCUCUGCCCAGCAGCUAAAGGAGCUUCAAAUGAAGUGCGACGAUAUGGAAAACUACUCCAAGGCUUAUGAGCGCCAGGUGAAGGAGGUGUCCGAGCUGGAGCUGCAUCAGCAGGUGAUGCUGUCCCGCGCCAAGCAAAAGCAACUGGAUUCCGUUGAGGUCUUUAACUCGCACGUCCGCCACCUGAGCAUGGACCCAGUGAUUUGUGGCCUGAUAAAGAGCGGCAUUGGCCAGCAAUCGGACCUUACUCUGCCGCUAAAUCCCAACCAAAAGGACAUCUCGGAGCGGGUGCAGUGCCUGGAGUUGCUGGGCAAACUUCUGCAGCAGCACCGCCAGCAGAAUAUCGAUCGGCGUCAGAUGUUGGACAAGCAGGUGGCCAAAGUAAAGUCUGAUUCCAUCGAGUUGGACACGGAAAUCGCCACCUUGGACACUCAGUUGCGGGCGCAGAAGCAGCGUCUGACCAAAAUGGAGGCCAGCUAUCGGACCAAGCGCGACAUGCAUGCGCAGCACAGGCAGCAGCUGCUCGAGGAUCAGUACGACCAAACGGCCCGUCUGGGUGAGUUGGAGAAACAGGAGAAGCAGGCGAUGGAGAAGCUGGAAGCCAACAAGCAACGGAACGAGGAUCUACUCACCGCCGCCGAGCAGUUUCAGGAGCAGGAUCUCAAGGCCCGCAAAGAUCGCCUGGAAAAAUGCGAGCAGAAGCUGGCCAAAGCGGAGAACACGCUGCUCGCCGUGGAAUCAAAGGUCAACGCGACUCAGGCCAAGCUGAGCGAGGUGGAGCAAAAGGUGUACUCCGCCAAGCUGCCAUCCUUUCAGCCCGUGCUAGAGGCCAUCAAGAAUCAUUGAUUUGAUCCGGAUGUUUUGCUGUAGUCCAGUUGAUCUGUAAGGGAUUUAUUAAAGAGUACUCUUUGUUUUCAAAUUGAAAAGGCAAUGAAGCUGUUUGCAAUGUUCAA